AAUUUCGACUUUUCCAGCAUCGUAGGGACCCGCGGCGCGAGGCCGCCGAUUGGCCGGUCGGCAGCGCGAUUUGUGCCAAUGAGCGGCGAGCGCGCUUUUUUCGCCGCUGCCGCCGGGAAGCCGUGCACCCGGCCGACCGUCGCUCACUUGGUCGGUUGCUCUCGUAGCGCUAACACCAGUUUUUCAGUCGUCGUCGGAUUUGUUUGCCCGCCAUGGCCGAAGAGACAGCAGCAGCGCCGGCCGCGUCGUCGGCAGCCCCGAGCCCCAAGAAGAAGGCGGUGCGCGCCAAGCCCACGGCCAGCCACCCCAAAGUGUCGGCCAUGGUGAACGCGUCCAUCGGCGAGCUCAAGGAGCGCGGAGGGUCGUCGCUGCAGGCCAUCAAGAAGCACAUGGCGGCCACCUACAAGGUGGACGUGGAGAAGCUGUCGCCGUUUAUCCGCAAGUACCUCAAGUCGGCCGUCACCUCGGGCGCGCUGGUGCAGACCAAGGGCAAGGGCGCCAGCGGCUCGUUCAAGCUGGCUGCGGGCGCCGCCGCGGGCGAGAAGAAAAAGGCGGGAGGUGUCAAGAAGACCCCCAAGAAGGCCGCCAAGAAGCCCGCGAGCGCCAAGAAGACUCCCAAGAAGUCUCCCAAGAAAGUGGCGGCCAAGAAGGCCAAGCCAGCAAAGAAGCCCAAGGCCGAGAAGAAGGCGUCGCUGCCCAAGAAACCCAAGAAGCCAGCGGCCAAGAAGGCGGCCACCCCCAAGAAGGCAGCCAAGAAGUAAAACGUGCGCGCGCACACAACACACAAACGGCCCUCGUCAGGGCCACCCCAAACGUCUGCCUCGGCGGAGCCGCGUUGAUAGCGCGCGAUGCUCCGACCUCCGUGACCCCUCUUCCGAGGCCAUUUGCGGUCCAGCUGCCUCGGAUCAGUCGAUCUCAAAUAACAACCAGCUCAUGGAUUUCCUGCCAGUGCGUUUUCCCCUGCUUUGCUGCAUGGUUCAAGUAUAUAAUUUCUGAUUAACUGUAUAAUGUCUCAAGCUAUUAGGAGAGUUAGUGGGUUCACAUUUCUAGAAGAAAAAAAGAUUUUCUGUACCGUUGAAGUACAUUAUGGAGGUGUGAAGAACAAGUUGAGCAACUUGGUAUUCUAACUUCCUGAACAUGCCAUUAACAGGGUUCUUGAGGAGAGAAUGAAUACAUAUUCCAGAGGCAAAAUGUGCUGAGAUAGCUUUUGAUAUCAAGGAAGAGCUGAUUACAACCAAAACAAGCUUUUUACUAUUUGAAUAUUUUGGAAAUGCUGUUCGACUCAAAGAAUGGUGCCAUUUUCUCCAAACCAUCAGUAGGGAAUUUGGCAAACCAUUGGGGCUAAUUGCUAUUUGUAAAUCUGCUAUCAAUUUGUCAAAGUGUUGCAUCAAGCUCAGAAAUGAUCCAAUGCGGUGUACCUUAAGGCCUAAUUUUUUCCUGCUUUGCACUAACAAUAUUGAUAAUUUGUAACAGUGCUUUUUAUGUGGAUGGCGUGUUUUUUAUGGCAGUGACAUUGGGGGACGGGUGCUUUCAGUGUGUGCUUAUUGGCGGUUUGAGCAAAACCAGAUCGGUUGG